UCGUGUGUUUAUUUUAUUGAACUAACUUUGUUCUAAAUAAAUACUAGUUUUUUAAUCAACAAAUCAAUAUCGAUUAACGUUACUGCCCCCUUUUUCCCUUUCCACCGAGAUGCGGAACUAACGUUAGCAAUCACACGGAGCGAUUUAUCAGGCGAACCGGCGGAGAGCAGCAGUAACAUUCAUAACAAAUGUUUGAAUGAAUUUAACGUUAACCGAAUUCAAGCCUAAAUGUGGAGAAACAACGCGAAAAUGACACUAAAUAGCACAGCCGCGGACAUCUGUCGACGAAAAAACGCAAGAUAAUGAGAAUAUGGAUGCAUAUGUACAUGUUGACCUGCGUGUUCUGAACAUUUCUGUGACUCAUAUUGUCAUUUAAAGAUUGUGAGCAUGCUCGAUGCUGACUAUAAACACUGCAGAAUUGUAUAUUAGCAAACGUGAAUGUGUUUAUUAAUCCAUACUUUAUCAUUUCAAACCUUAACAGAAGAAAGCAACAGAACUGAACGCUGUUAAUUCAUUAUAUAAUGUCUACAUUUGGCUUCAUUUAAAAUGUCUGUAUUUUGCACAAGGCACCUGCUGCAUAGCUUUAAGUGCUUUGCGCGCAGGUUACCGAUUCCAACUCAAUCCCGCAGAGUGUUUUUUGUUAAAGCCACUCGUCUUUUAUCCCAAACCCCAAAAGUGGGAUUGUUCUGCUGGACUGCAUGUGGGACCAUUUACGCCGCCGGACCAGAAUCCCUCAAGAAUCAUCAAAACCCCACAGAGAGGAAAUCAGUGGCCGGAGUUCAGAUCCACAGGCUAGUAUUCGUCCUGCGAUUGGGACUCCGCGCAUUGGUGCUUCUUCUCAAAUUCAGCCCUCUUUUACUUCUAUACCCAUUGACUUUACUAUCCCAGCGUUGGGCGUCCCAUUGGUUGGAUUGCCUACUUUGGGUCACCGAAACCUCCGGACCAACAUUUAUCAAACUGGGCCAAUGGGCCAGCACAAGACGGGAUAUCUUCUCCCAAGACUUCUGUGACCGCUUCUCCAGGCUUCACGUGCGGGUGAAGGCUCACUCCUGGUCCCACACUAAACUGUGUCUGAAGCGGGCGUUUGGGGAGGGAUGGAGGCAGAUGUUUGUGUUUGACAGUAAGGAGCCGGUAGGUUCGGGAUGCGUGGCUCAGGUGUACCGCGCCAAAGCUAAAGUGGCAAACAUCCAAGAUCCGGCUUUCCAGAAGCUGCUGGAGGAACUGGAGAAGAAGAAUCUUCUGGAAGCCUGGGAGAUCCCUGGACUGGGAGGAGCAUUGAGUGAUUUUUGGGAGAUUAAUAGAGAUGAGGAUGAGAUGACGGAUGGGAAGAUGAAGGAAUUCGGAGAGAGAUCUGGUCAAGGUGAACAUUUGGAGGAAGAGCGGCUGAUUCCUGUUGCAAUUAAGGUUCUUCAUCCAGGAAUCCGGCAGCAGGUGCAGAUCGACCUGAUCUUAAUGAAAGCUGGAAGUUUAUUCCUCAACUGUUUGCCGGGUGUGAAGUGGCUCAGCCUGCCGGAGAUUGUGGAGGAGUUCCAGAAGCUCAUGACCAAACAGAUUGAUCUACGGUUUGAGGCCCAGAACAUUGAAAAGUUCCAGAAGAACUUUAAAGAUCUGGAAUAUGUGAAGUUUCCGACGCCGCUCAGACCGUUCGUCACUAGAACUGUGCUGGUAGAAACAUAUGAGGAAAGUGAACCCAUCUCCAAGUACCUGAGCUCUAACAUCCCAGCAGGAGUCAAGCAGAGAAUCGCACGCAUGGGUGUCGAUCUACUCCUAAAAAUGGUGUUUGUGGAUAAUUUCGUCCAUGGUGAUCUUCACCCGGGGAAUAUCCUGGUUCAGGGCAGCUGUGGGGAGGAAUCUGAGGACAGGGCCACGCUGACGGACCUGUGGGACACUGUGGUGGUCAGCAUGAGGGCGACUCCUCCAUCUCUUCAGCUGGUGCUGCUGGACGCUGGUAUUGUAGCGCAGCUCAGUGAAGCAGAUCAGCGCAACUUCAGAGCUGUCUUUACCGCUGUUGUCCUCAGACAGGGCGAGCGAGUAGCGGAGCUGAUCCUCCAUCACGCCCGGGCCAACGAGUGCCAGGAUGUGAUGCGAUUCAAGAAGGAAAUGGCUGAACUGGUGGAUCGUGCACUCAGUGACACGCUCUCUCUGGGGAAGAUCCAGGUGGCCGAGCUUCUCUCUCAAGUUUUUGGUUUGCUGAUCCAUCACAAGGUGAAGCUGGAGAGUAAUUUUGCGUCUAUGGUGUUCGCCAUCAUGGUUCUGGAGGGUUUGGGGAGAUCGCUGGACCCCAACCUAGACAUCUUGGAGAUGGCCAAACCCCUCCUGCUGAAAAACUGCACCUCGCUCCUCUGAUGCUCCUGCGUUUACAACAUUUACCUCACUUCUGCAGCCAAUGAAAACAGCCGCAAUUCAAUCAAGUUAACAUGUGCAAUUUCUGUAGUUCACUAUUUUCAGUACAAAGUCUAAUUAUUCUUAAAGGGAUAGUUCACACAAAAACUAAAAAAUCUUCAUUUACUGUAACACUCAAGUGGUUUUUGGCUCAUGAAUUUCUUUCUUUUGUUGAGCAUAACUGUUGAAUUAAUGUUUAAUAAUAAAAAAAGCAGCCAUUGACAUUCAUAGUUGGAGCACAAAAGUACUAUGGAAGUCAAUGGCUGCUUUUUCUGGCAUUCUUCAGUGUUUCUUCCUUUGUAAAGAAAACAUCUUAGUUAAUAAUGAGGACAUUUUCAUAUUUGGAUGAACUAUCCCUUCAAAAUCUUUGUACAUUUGCUGGAUGCAAAAUGACAUGAUAUAAUUAUUCCAGGUUAAUUAAGUUUUUGCUUUAAAUUAGGAAGAAUUACUUUGGCAGAUUUUUUUUUUUCAUUGGCACAUAAACAUGUUUAAUUUAUGCUUAAAUAAAAAGAUUUAAAGAGACAGUACACCCAAAAAUGCAUUUAUUCGCUCUCCUAUGACAUCCAAGAUGCGGGUAUUUUUUUCUUUAGUAAGAUUUUUGGUGGAAAUGGCGAUUCUGGGUGAUUCAUUACAUAGCAAGUCAACAGCUACCAGCACUUUGAGGGACAAAAAAAUAAAUCAUUCAUUAUUAAAAUACUUAUUUUUUAAAAUAAAAAAAUGUUGUUUUGCAUGUGUAUGUAUGUAUUUAUAUAUGUACAAAUGAACUGCGAUUGAUGGCAUCCAAUGUAAAAGUUUCUUUUGGUGUG